ACGGCGACGACGACAACAACGACAACGACGUCGACGACACCGACGUCGACAAUAAGCAGUGCCAGUAGCGCAAUGGAGCAACGCGAAAGGUUCGAGGAGCUCUGCAGGCUUUGCGCCUCCUAUGACGCCGUCAAGAUGGACAUCUUCGGCCAGGAAGGCAAGAACCGCCAACUCGUCGACAAGAUACGGACUUGCCUGCCCUUCAAGAUAGCUGAAGAUGACAGAUUGCCGAAAUGCCUUUGCUAUAGAUGCAUGUACAAUUUGGAGAACUUCUAUGACUUUAGAACGGCUUGCGUCAAUGCGGUCGCUCUACUGGAAAGAUGCUUACCACCGGAAGAGGCGAAGACGGCCAUCAAGCAGGAGGGUGACGAUGUUGAGCCGUAUUCCGAGUUGCGUAUGGAGCUGUUAAAGGAUAAGGAGAAUAUGCCGAUGCUCAUCCCCGAGGCGUCCGUCGUUAAUCCUAAUGCAGCCCUUGGUACCCCACCGCGACUUCUCUCUGACGGGGAACACGAGCACGAUAUGGAUGAUCUAACCCAGGAGCACGACAUGGGUGACGGACUAGGACUGGACGACCAGGACGACCAUAAGUCGGACGAGUACGAAAUGGACAUGGAGACAAAUCCAAGCGACUUCCUCGAGAUGAGCGCAAUGGUACCGGAGGAGGAGCACGUACUGCCCCAGGGCGGCCAAGUUCUCGGGCAUCAGCAGGACACGGGCGUCUUCCAGCAUCGCAACGAGCAGCACGAGGUCUACGUCUGCUCACUUUGCAAUAAGGCCUUCAGCUCGAAGGGCCACCUGUCGCUCCACGCCCGGAUUCACGUCGGCGCGGGCGACGUCAUCGGCGAAAAGGUCAUCACCGACGACCACACAUCCUACAAGAGGCCGUACCAGUGCGACCUAUGUAACAAGUCCUACUCAACGGCCAAGCAUCGCUGGGGACACGUGUCGACGACGCAUCGAGGCCAUCCCGCGGUGACUUGUGGCUACUGCUCGCGCAUCUACUCGACACGCACGAACCUCGAGGAGCACAUAAAGUCGCGACACGCGGGUCUGCCCCCGCCCCCGGAAAUGCCAGUUCCUUAUAUUCAGCCGGACUCGCGGCACCAGUGCAAAACCUGCCCCAAGAUGUACACCAACAUCACGGACCUUAAUAAGCACAGCCGAGUCUGCCUGGGCGAGCAGCAGCGCAGGGAAAUGGCCAAUAAUAGCACCAACUCCCAGAACUUCGCAAAACUUAAAAAUGCAUUGGAGCCAAAUUCAGAUUUAUCCAGUAUUGAUUCAGACUAUGAGAACAAAGAUUACAAAAGUGCCGAAGCAAAGCUCGCAAAGAAUCCUCAAUUGACUAUUCUUAAGCAAGCUCUUAUUAAGGGUGAAAGCGUAAAAAAGGAAUACGAGGAAAGGCAGAAAAUGUUGAGCAAAGCAAAAAAACAAGCCAAUGCGUUCAAUAAAGAUGGGAGUAAUUCAGAUGGAAAGAGAUGGUAUUGCGAAGUGUGCCCCCUGAACUUUGCGAUUGCCGAUGAUCUGAGACAACACGAGAAGACUCACGAUGCCGACAAGCCUUAUAUAUGCAUUUUGUGCGAGAAAGACUUUGUCUUAAAGUCGUCAUUGAGCAGGCAUAUACUGUCCUCCCACGGUGUGGAUCCGACGCCACUGAUCGAGAGUGAUAAGUGCUUGAAAAAGUCAAUGCUAGAUCCAAAUGCACAGCCACUCGUGAUAAAAGAGGAACAAAACAUUACCAAAGAAAAUUCCACAUCGCCAUUUUCACCAGAUAAUAUGGAGAACGACGAUGACGAGCCAGAAAAUGGGAACGACAAUAUGCUCGAAAUAGAGACGGUCUUUGUCUGCGAAAUAUGUACGCGAGACUUUAAUGAUCGAGCGUCUCUUUGGCUGCACAUUCGAGCAACUCACAAAGAAUACGCGGCAUUCGCCUGCGGAGUUUGUCUAAAGAUUUGCUCCGACAAUGCACAAUUAUUAAAUCAUGUCAAUAUGUAUCAUGGAGGUUCGAAACUCUUAAUGUCCGAACAAAGAAGGUACAGUUGCACGAUAUGUGGAAGACAGCAUGACUCGCGUAAAAAGCUCAUAACGCAUGUGUCCAUUCACAAUGUGGAUCCGGGAUAUGAUCCCGCGAGCUUUGUACAACUAAAUACCAAUUACUACAACGAGAACGUCAACAGCAACGAAGGAAAUGAUCUUAUUAUGGAUUGUGACGACGAGAGCGAAAAGGUGGACUGUUACAUUUGCUACAAAUCAUUCCCAAACGAGGACCACCUCAUACGUCAUCAACGAAAUGCUCACAAAUCCGAGCAGAUGAUUCAGAUGGGUGAGUUUGGUGGUAACGGUGCGGCUGCCGGACAGAACGGUACCGGCAAUCGCGCCCAGUACCACCUAUUCUUCGUUUGCGAGCUUUGCGGAAGCUCGCACCCCAGCAAAUGGGAGCGCUGGCUCCACGUCAGCAGCAUGCACAGCAACGAGCCGUCCAUCAAAUGCGAGCGCGACGACUGCGCCAAGAUCUUCGCGACGAAGACUCUACGGAACGAGCACGCGCAGCAUCACCAGCUUCAGGGCAGUUCGCCCAAUACCUGCGAAAUAUGUGGCAAACUCUGGGGCAGUCGCGUCGACUACUGGAAGCACGUGAUGGGCGUGCACUCGGACACGGUGCCCCUCAUAUGCGGUGUCUGUCUCAAGGUCUUCCCUGACGUGCUGCAGCUCAGCCAGCACGUCAAGAUCAAACACUGGCCCCUUACGAACGGUGACUUCAGCUGCGACAUUUGCGGCAGGCCCUACUCGAACAAAAGCAAGAUGUCGAGGCACAGGAAGAUCCACGGUCUCGAUGGAGAGGCCUACAAUCCGGCCGCGACCAACAGCAGUCUCAUUAUCAAUGACGCGUCGAUGAACGAUAUAUCCGACACUUACGAGAAUUCAGGGCUACCGGUACCGCUGCAACUCGAUAACGGGCUUCCGCAGCCCGUGGAGCCGGCCUCGAUCGAUCUUAGCUGCGAAAUGUGCGGCGACCUCAAAUUCCCCUGCCUGGAGGAUCUCUGCAACCAUCGACGCAUGGCCCACAGCCUCUUCCCUUGCGAUCUUUGCAACAAGUGCUACGGGCGCACCUCACAUCUCUGGAAGCACGUGAACCGCGUGCAUAAAGGCCACGAGGACGUCACCUGUCGCUUCUGCCUCAAGACCAGCGCCUCUAAGGAUCACCUCGCGGCUCACAUUGCCAAGAUACACCGAUACGAGCCCGAGCUCAAAAGCGAAAUAAGGGACGCCAUGAGCUACAAGAGUAGCAGCUAUAAUGCAGCUGCGGCCGCAGCAGCCGCAGCCGCCGCUGCCGAGGACGAUGUGCUGCACUUCUGCGAAAAAUGCAACAAAUCCUUUCAUAAGAGGUACCUGCUGCGUCGCCAUAUGAAAGGUUGCCAAAACUACCGGAAGGAUCCGGGGGCCCUGCUGACGCGCUGCCGCGCCUGCGAGCGUAUAUUCAAGGAUCGCGCGAGCUUGCAGAAGCACAUCGAGAACCAUCACAGCUCGUACGAGUGCCACUUGUGCAAGGAGACGAUAACGUCCAAGCUGGGGAUAAUGACGCACAAUCGCGUGCACCAUAUGCUCCAUCCGGACCUCACGUGCGAGCUUGAGAACUGUCGCAAGCUCUUUAGGACUAAGGAGGACCUGGAGUCCCAUCGUAAGGAUCACAAGCACCAUGGCAGUCCGAAUGUCUGUGACUUUUGCGGUGACACCGUGGAAAAUAAGCUCAAGCUUAAAAUGCACAUACUGAGCUUGCAUAGGAACGAGAUUGGCGUAUCCUGCGGCGUUUGUCUCAUACCUAUGAAAGAUCCCAAGGAUCUGAAAAAACACGUGGAGGAUGUCCAUGAGAGCGUACUGCUGAAACCGAAUACCUGUCAGGUGUGCGGUAAGCAGUAUGCCUCGAAAUGGAAGGCAUUCGACCAUACGAAGAAGUGCCACGGCAAGGUAUUCCGCACCUGUAAACAGUGUCUCGCUGUUUUCACCUCCGACGAGGACCUGCGCUAUCACUACGAGCACAUACAUAACAUUCCGAAGGAUCAGCUGGACGCGUUCCAGUAUAGGCUGGAGGUGGCCGGCAGCAAAAUGGACGACUACGACCUCGGACCCCUCGAGGUCGUUGUCAAGGAGGAGCCUGAAGAGCUGGACUUUGACAUGGAGCCCUUUGACGAGGACAACUGCAACUCCAACGACUCCAAGAGGCGACGCUCCCUCGGCGACACCUAUGACUGCGAGAUCUGCCCAGAGAUAUUCCUCAACCACGAGCUUCUCUCUUCUCACUACCGCAAUGUCCACAACACCGACCCCACGCGAAUGUUUAAGAAAAUGCGACUCGAGCCCGCUGCCAAGACCAAAAAGAAGACUCGCGACCGCGAGAACUACGAGUGCAAGAAUUGCCAAAAGCAGUUCUGCACCAAGACGCUGUACCUCGGUCACAUAAGUGUGUGCACUCGCAGAUCAACGUCGAUCCUCGAGGCCCACCUUAAGAACAAUAAUCAGGUGAAGCGCGAGGAUCCCGAACCGGUCCUCUGCGAAACGAAUCUCAACAUCCCCGACUUCAAUCUCUUCGAGGACAUAAACAUGCAGCUGUCGGGUCAGAAGCCAGUGCCGAGCCUCAUGCCCCUCGGUCACUCCUCGUCCAAGUCGUCCAAGUAUUCGAGGAAGGAUUCGCGUAAGGUUUACGACGAGUCGACCAACACCGAGUGCACUUGCGAGGUCUGCGGCAAGCAGUGGCCCGCCAAGAAACAUCUCUGGCAGCAUCUCAUCAGAUUCCACAGGGCCGAGGCGGCAGUCACCUGCGGCGUUUGCCUCAAGCUCUGCGCCACCUACGAGGACCUCGCGGAGCAUCUACGCUGCGCUCACCCUGCCAUCCUCUCCACCGCGGGCAACAAUUUUACCUGCAAGAUAUGUGGCCGCUAUCACAACGCCAGAAGCAAGCUUCUCCUUCACAUGAGCAUUCACAUUAACUGCGCGGCCAACUCCAUGUGCCAGCGCUGCAACAGGAGCUUCGAGAACGACGAGAAACUAAAGGAGCACAUUGGCGUCUGUCUCGGGGCGCAGAGCGAGGACCACGGUCCCGAUAAGCCUAUGAAGGACGAGGGCGAGGAGAAGGGAAGUCUUAUCGGUGACGAGGACGAGCCCGAGGAUAAUGAGUACGAGUCCGAGGAUGAGGUGGAUGAGGAGGACGAGGAUGAGGAGAAUGAGGAUAACGAGAACUCUGAGAACGCCGACAGCAGUUCCGACAAGUCCAACGACUCGGAUAGUAAUAGCAGUAGUAACAGUAACAGCUCCAGCGAUGACGAUGAUGAUAGCGACGAUGACGAUAGCAGUAAUAGCAAAGACUCGGAUAGCGUACAGCAACAGCAGCAACAGCAGCAACAGCAGCAGCAGCAGCAACAGCAGCAGCAGCAGCAGCAGCACGAUGGGAAGCCUGAAGUCGAAGAGAAUGAGACGAUGAGCAUCGGGGAUGAUGAUGACGAAGAGGAGGUCGAGAGUCCCGACGACAAGACUAGGUACGAGGCCAUGUCCGAGUCCGAGGACGAUGAGAGCUAUGACAAGAAGAAACACGAGUCCGUGCUUGCCAGUUAUUCGGACGACGAGGGUCCCCCGGCACUUAGCCAGAUAAUGCCUCUAGUAGUAACGUCGCAGUGCAGCAAUGAGCGCCAGAUGAACGACAGACAGGAUGAGUUGAGCGCUCGACGUCGUGCUCUUGGCAAUUCCUUAAGUCGUAAGAAGAAUAAGAGCGAGGAAAGCGAGGAGGACAGUAGCGAUGUGGAGGAGAUUGAAGAAGAGAAAGAAGUCGAAGUCUCGGAAGAAGAGGAAGAGGAAGAGGUGCAGCAGGCCGAGAUCGUUGAUCCCAACAGCGCCUUUCACGCAGACAAUAACUCAAGGAGCAGUAAUGAAGGGGAGGAGGAAGAGGAGGAAGCAGAAGAGCAAGAGGUAGAGGGACAGGAGGAAGAGCAAGAGCAAGUCGAAGAGGGCGAGGAGCAGGAAGACCAUAUGGAACACGAGGUCGAAGAAGAGGAGGAAGAAGGGGCGGUGGAGGAGGAGGAGGAGGAGCAGGAGCAGGAGCAGGAGCAGGAAGAAGGUGUGGAGCAUGGUAUGAACGAGGAGGAGGUGCUCGAGGUUGACGAAAAUGACAUGCACAAUCUUAAUGGCACCGUCCUUAUGCUCGCUAACGACGCCGAUGGCAAUCAGAUUCUCAUCGAACGCAAUAUGGCCGAUCUUGAGAACGACGACUCGGUCCAUGAUAUGGCCCAAUACGUGUUCCAGGAUGGCACGGGUUUUGCCCUUGAGGAUUAUGAGGCAAUCGUUGAGAGCCAAGGAGACGAGGAGGAGGAGGAGGAGGUGGAAGAUCGGCAACACCACGGUUUCGAGGUGCAAAUCGAUAAUGCGCAAGGCGAUGAUGAGGACCUCGAUGAGCAGGUAGUAGACGAUGAGGAGGAAGAGGAGGAGCACGAGGAGCACGAGGAGCACGAGGAGCAGGAGGGUCAGGAGGAGGAGGAGGAGGAGGAGGAGGUGAUGGAAGAUCGGCAACACCACGGUUUCGAGGUGCAAAUCGAUAAUGCCAGUGUAAGCAAAUUUCACGUUCUGCGAAAGAGGCUAAAGUGA